AUGAAGAACCUUCCUGCUCUGCUGCUGUGUGUGGCAGUUUGCUCAGCCUUCCCGCUGGACCGAGCUGCGGAGGAGGACCACAUGGACCUGGCUCAGCAUUACCUAGAGAACUACUACAAUCUUGCAAAAGAUGUAAAGCAGUUUGUUAGAAGGAAGGACAGUAGCCCUGUUGUUAAAAAAAUCCAAGAAAUGCAGAGGUUCCUGGGGCUGACGGUGACUGGGAAGCUGGACUCAGACACGCUGGAGAUGAUGCACAAGCCCAGAUGCGGAGUUCCUGACGUUGGAGCCUUCUCUACCUUUCCUGGCAUGCCAAAGUGGAGGCAAACUCGCCUUACUUACAGGAUUGUGGAUUACACACUGGACUUGCCAAGAGAUGCUGUUGAUUCUGCCAUUGAGAAAGCUCUGCAAGUCUGGGAAGAGGUGACUCCAUUUACAUUCUCCAGGAUUUAUGAAGGAGAGGCUGACAUAAAGAUCACUUUUGCAGUUAGAGCUCAUGGAGACCUUUACCCUUUUGAUGGACCUGGAAAGGUUUUGGCUCACGCCUAUCCACCCGGGCCGGGGAUUCAUGGAGAUGCUCACUUUGAUGACGAUGAACAAUGGACAAAGGAUACAUCAGGGACCAAUCUAUUCCUCGUUGCUGCUCAUGAACUUGGCCAUUCCCUGGGUCUCUAUCACUCGGACAACCCUGAAGCUUUGAUGUUCCCAACGUACAACUCAUCCACAAACCUGGCCAAGUUCCGCCUUUCUCAAGAUGAUGUGAAUGGCAUUCAAUCCCUGUAUGGACCUCCCCCUAAUUCUCCUGAUGAUCCUGUGGUGCCCACAUCAUCCACCCCUCCUGAGCCACCAGCCAUGUGUGAUCCCACUUUGUCCUUCGACGCAGUCAGCACUCUGAGGGGAGAAAUCCUGUUCUUUAAAGACAGACAUUUUUGGCGAAAAUCCCUAAGGACUCUUGAACCUGGAUUUUAUUUGAUCUCUUCGUUUUGGCCAUCCCUUCCUUCAGGAGUAGAUGCUGCAUAUGAAGUUACUAGCAAGGACACUGUCUUCAUUUUUAAACAAAAUCAGUUCUGGGCCAUCAGAGAAACAAAAGUACAAGCAGGUUACCCUAGAGACAUCCAAACACUGGGUUUUCCAUCAACAGUAAGGAAAAUAGAUGCAGCCAUUUUUGAUAAGGAAAAGAAGAAAACAUACUUCUUUGUAGAGGACAAAUACUGGAGUUUUCAUGAGAAAAACCAGUCUAUGGAUCCCGGCUUUCCCAGGCAAAUAAUGGAAGACUUUCCAGGGGUUGGCCCAAAGGUUGAUGCUGUUUUUGAAACAUUUGGGUUUUUCUAUUUCUUCAGUGGAUCUUCACAAUUGGAGUUUGACCCAAAUGCAAAGAAAGUGACACAUAUUUUGAAGAGUAACAGCUGGUUUAAUUGUUAG